CAGGCGAAACAAUCGGAAGUGGUCGCAGGUUGACGGAACGUUGUCGUGGGUGUUAAACUGCGACGGAGUGUUAAAACCGGCGGCGUUGUCACCGGUUUGGUUACCGCCGUCGGCCUUGCGCCAUGUGGUAAUGGUGACGCGUCAUCGGAAUGAUAUUUAUAAAGUGGGUCGACGAAAAGGUAGAAAAAAAGAGAGCGGAGAAGACGACGAGACUUGAGAUCGAAGGAGGAAGAGGAGGAGGAAGAGGAGGAGAGAAAGGUAGCGAUGGAUUCGGAUUACGGAGUACCACGGGAGCUGUCGGAGCUGCAGAAGAAGCGAACCGAGUACCAACCUGAGCUCCCGCCUUGCCUCCAGGGCACCACGGUGAGAGUAGAGUUUGGAGAUUCAACAACUUGUGCUGAUCCAUCCAGUGCCAAUGUCAUAAGCAGGGCCUUUCCUCACACAUUUGGGCAGCCCUUGGCUCAUUUCCUGAGGGCAACUGCAAAGAUUCCUGAUGCCCAGAUCAUCACAGAGCAUCCCCCAAUUAGGGUUGGUAUUGUAUUUUGUGGAAGACAAUCAUCAGGAGGUCAUAAUGUGGUAUGGGGGCUUUACAAUGCAAUGAAAAUUCACAAUCCUGAUAACAUUUUACUUGGGUUUCUUGGUGGCACUGAAGGUCUCUUUGCACAGAAGACUCUGGAAAUAACUGAUGAGGUUCUUGCUACAUACAAGAACCAAGGUGGUUUUGAUUUACUGGGCCGAACAGUUGAUCAAAUUAGAACAACUGAACAAGUGAAUGCGACUAUGAAAGCAUGUCGUGUUCUAAAGUUGGAUGGCCUUGUCAUUGUUGGAGGAGUCACGUCCAACUCAGAUGCUGCCCAACUUGCAGAGACAUUUGCAGAGGACAAAUGCACAACAAAGGUGGUUGGUGUCCCUGUUACAUUGUAUGGGGAUCUUAAGAAUCAAUUUGUGGAGACAAACGUUGGAUUUGACACUGUAUGCAAGGUUAACUCACAGCUAAUAAGCAAUGUGUGCAUAGAUGCACUAUCUGCAGAGAAGUAUUAUUAUUUCAUUCGCUUGAUGGGUCGCCAUGCUUCACAUGUUGCUGCAGAAUGUGCACUUCAGUCACAUCCAAAUAUGCUUAUCUUAGGCGAGGAAGUGGCCUUGUCAAAACUUACACUUUUUGACAUUACAAAACAGAUUUGUGAUGCAGUUCAAGCCAGAGCAGCAAAAGAUAAGUAUCAUGGUGUAAUUCUUAUCCCUGAGGGGCUCAUCGCAAGCAUUCCAGAGUUAUAUGCUCUUUUACAGGAAAUACAUGACCUCCAGGACCAAGGCAUCUCAACAGAUGACAUUUCAUCUCAUCUUUCACCAUGGGCAACUGCACUGUUCCAGUUUCUCCCACCAUUCAUCAGGAAACAGCUUCUACUUAAUCCAGAAUCUGAUGACGCUGCUCAGUUGUCCCAGAUUGAGACAGAGAAGCUUCUAGCACAGCUGGUCGAAAAGGAAAUGAGUAAUCGAAUGAAGGAAGGCACAUACAAAGGGAAGAAAUUCAAUGCGAUCUGCCACUUUUUCGGAUAUCAAGCUCGUGGAUCUUUGCCGUCAAAGUUCGAUUGUGACUAUGCAUAUGUUCUUGGACAUAUCUGCUAUCAUAUCCUAGCGGCUGGCUUAAAUGGAUACCUAGCUACUGUGACAAACCUAAAAAACCCUGUGAACAAAUGGCGCUGCGGAGCUGCACCACUUGCGGCGAUGAUGACCGUGAAGCGACAUUCUCGUGCUCCUGGAGCCAUUCCAAUCGGAAAACCUGCCAUUCAUCCAGUUUCACUAGACUUGAAAGGAAAAGUAUACGAAUUAUUGAGAGAAAGGGCUACUAGCUUUUUGAUGGAUGACUUGUACAGAAACCCUGGACCACUUCAGUUCGAAGGACCAGGUUCCGAAGCUAAGACCUAUACACUCUCCGUUGAGGAUCAAGAUUACAUGGGUCGCAUGAAGAUGCUCCAGGAGUACCUCGACAAGGUAAAGAGCAUAGUGAAGCCUGGAGUUUCACAGGAUGUUCUGAAAGCUGCUCUAAUUUCCAUGGCCUCUGUGACAGAAGUUCUAUCAGUAAUGACCAUGCCAUCCUUCAACGGCCAUCAGCCACUCUAACUUGAACCUGGAGUAUCUAUCUAUGCAAUUACUUUCGCGAAUAAUUGAACCAACCAAUUCUAUAUGGCUUCAUAUCUCCUAGAGUUUUUGCCGCUAUAUGUAGAUGAAUGUUGUAUGAAACAGUCUGAGCAUGUAUUGAAGCAAUAAAUGCUACACUUGGAAUGCAACAGAAAGCAAUAUGAUGUUUAUUUCUCUUUU